CAUCUGAUUUUUUUCCUUUUUCCCCCCCCCCACACACGCACAGCGGCCAGAACGGAUGACGCUGCCGUGGCGGUCGGCCAAUGGGAGCGCGGCGGACGGGCGGCCACGCCCUCCGGGGGUCCCGCGGGAGAUCCGAAGGAAGGAGGAGAAGGGGCCCUCCUGCGGGACGCCGUAAAGAGCGCGGCCGUCCUUUCCCCUCUCCUCUCUCCCUCACAUCGGCGAGCUCCUUUUGAAGGCGAGCGCGCUUCCAUCAAAGGCGCUUUCCGCGUCUCGUGGCACUUUUCGCUCCGCCGGCUCCCGGCUCCCGUCCCGUCACGCCCCCUCGGGACGUACCCCGCCCCGGUCCUCCCGAGUUCCGUGCUCCGAGGGGGGGGCGAAGAAGGAUCGCGCCUUCAGGACCCCGGCCUCGCCGGGCCGGUCCCCGGUCCGGAUUAACGCGUGAUGUUCUCCAUCCAGGACGGGCUCCCGCGGGGGGCGCUGGGCGUCAGCAUGAAGGAGGAGCCGCUCCCCACCGGCAUGACCCCCGUACGCUCCUGGAUGGCCGGCCAGGGCAUCCUGGAUGCCAACGCCGCCGCUCAAAGCGGCGUGGCUUUGGCUCGCGCGCACUUUGAGAAGCAGCCGCCGUCCAACCUGAGGAAGUCCAACUUCUUCCAUUUCGUCUUGGCGCUUUACGACCGCCAAGGGCAGCCCGUGGAGAUCGAGAGGACGUCCUACCUGGACUUUGUGGAGAAAGACAAGGAGUACAAUGGUGAGAAGACCAACAACGGAAUUCAUUACAGAUUACAACUCCUCUACAGUAACGGCAUCAGGACGGAACAAGACCUUUACGUGCGCCUCAUCGACUCCAUGACCAAGCAGGCCAUUCUAUACGAGGGACAAGACAAGAACCCGGAAAUGUGUCGCGUUUUGCUAACGCACGAGAUCAUGUGCAGUCGCUGCUGUGACAAAAAAAGCUGCGGAAAUCGAAACGAGACGCCCUCCGACCCCGUCAUCAUUGACAGGUUCUUCCUCAAGUUCUUCCUCAAGUGCAACCAGAACUGUUUGAAGAAUGCCGGAAAUCCUAGAGACAUGAGGCGCUUCCAGGUGGUGGUGUCCACCACGGUGAACGUGGACGGCCACGUGCUGUCCGUGUCUGACAAUAUGUUUGUCCACAACAACUCCAAACACGGGCGCCGCGCUCGCCGCCUUGACCCCUCUGAAGCAGCCACGCCGUGCAUCAAAGCCAUCAGCCCCAGCGAAGGUUGGACCACCGGGGGCGCCACAGUCAUCCUCAUCGGGGACAACUUCUUCGACGGCCUGCAAGUGGUCUUCGGCACCAUGCUGGUCUGGAGUGAGCUGAUCACGCCUCACGCCAUCCGCGUCCAAACGCCUCCUCGCCACAUUCCCGGCGUGGUGGAGGUCACGCUGUCCUACAAGUCCAAACAGUUCUGCAAAGGAGCGCCGGGUCGCUUCGUCUACACGGCUUUGAACGAGCCCACCAUCGACUACGGCUUCCAGAGGUUACAGAAGGUCAUCCCGCGCCACCCCGGCGACCCCGAGAGGUUACCAAAGGAAGUGCUGUUGAAGCGAGCGGCCGACCUGGUGGAGGCGCUGUACGGAAUGCCGCACAACAACCAGGACAUGAUACUGAAGCGAGCGGCCGACCUGACGGAGGCGCUGUACAGCGGCGUCCCUCGCGGCCACGGCCAGCUGCCGUCGCUCGGCGGCGCGGCAGCACACUCGGGAAUGAUGGGAGUCAACUCCUUCGGCGGUCAGCUGGCCGCCAACAUCUCGGAAGCGUCGCAGGCCGACCAGGGGUACUCACGGAGCUCCAGCAGCGUUUCCCCUCGCGGUUACGUGCCCAGCUCCACGCCGCAGCAGUCCAACUACAACAGCAUCACGUCGUCCAUCAACGGCUACGCCGCCGCCAUGAGCAACCUGGCCGUGCCCGCCUCGCCCGGCUUCAUCAAUGGCGCCGGCUCCAACCCUGCCUACGCCAGCGUGCGUUCUUUCUCUCCCGUGACUAAACAGAAGAGCGCCUUCGCCCCCGUGGUGCGGCCGCAGAGUUCCCCGCCCCCCGCCUGCGGCUCCAGCAAUGGCGGCAGCCUCCAGGCGAUGGCCGGUCUCAUCGUCCCGCCCAUGUGAUAUCCCGAGCCCCGCCCCCCCUCACACGGCAGAGUACUCCGAGCCUCCGCCUACAAGGUCGCGUGACCGCCGACGUCACCUCACGGA